AUGGUAAUAAGUAGGAAAACAUUCUUACAGACUGAAGAACUCAAUUCCUUCCCAUGCGUUCCAUCACUAAUAUGGCUCCACUUCUUCGGACUGUUCCUCCCGAUUACCAAUCUUAUCAUCGUUGGAUUCCUUAGCUUGAUAUUCACAACUCUAUCUUCAUACACCUUUGUAUACAUUCCAACCAUCCUCUCUCUUGUUUAUCACAAUUCAAUGGCUGAUUGGAUGGUUCCUCUAAUUCUGAUCUACUCGAUUACUCUCUCUUACGACUUACCGGAAACCCUCAAGUUCCCACAUAUCCAUGUUCCCAGAGACAUCGUGAUAUGGUUGGCGAUGCUGAUUUAUGGUUUUCUGUUCAACUCUUUUAAUCCCUGGGACAUUGUCACUAUCCGCCGAAUCCACCACGAGAAUGGACACAUCUCCACAUCCUUUAAUUUCGUCGACGCAUUUGUAGUGGCUCUUUCAAUGUGCUUCAUCGGUCUCCACGGUUACCGCAUGACAUUUCGAAUUGCGUUUCGAGACAACAGAUUCCACAUGACUCUUCUCUUUGUCAUGAUCAAACUGUGCUUCCUGCUGACGAGUGCUUGCUUCAUCCCAGCCAUCCCAAACCACACCAAUAGCUCUAUUGAAUCUGCCAACCCAUCAUCUGCUCCGCAAGGUCACGUCUUCUCUCUGGAUAACCUGAAGCUCUAUGAAUCUGUCGUACAGAGUGCGGUUCCGCUUCAUUAUCUCGCUUGGAAACAUAUUUUCUUCAAACACAUCUGA